GAAAGAACAGAGCCUCUGCUUAAAAAAAAACAAAAAAAAAACGGGGAUUCUCUACUUUUUCAGUAGUUGCGUAAUAGUGCCCCCUACCGUAUAACUGUGAAAACACUGAAAGCCGGAAAAUUCCGUCAAUAUAUAGUAUAUGGAAAAAAUAUAUUAUGGAAGUCAAUGUGGUCCAUCAACUGUUUGGUUCUUCAAAAUAUCUUCUUUGUGUUCAGCAGAAGAAAGAAAUUCAGGCUUUGAACAAUUUGAGGGUCUUUCAGAUUUCACUGAACAAUGAGGAACUGCACGUUCAUGGGAGGUGGGAUCCCUUUGUCAUCUGAGUUCUUUAAAGUGAUCAAGAACGAUCUCUGGCUAUUCCUCCUUCCUGCUGUGUUUGUUAUGCUGCUGCUUGCUCUCUUCAUGGAGGAGAUUGGCUUUUUUCUGCGUCAUGUCACCUCUCAUCGGCGUAGAAAUCUCAGCCUAUGGAUCCUGGGAAUAUAUCCAGUCUUUGGAAUGACGUCUAUAAUUGCGCUAUAUGUUCCACGCUCCUCAUCUCUGUGCAGUUUCAUUGCGUCUCUAUAUCACUCUAUUACACUCUUGAAGUUCAUGGGUCUUAUCAAAGACUUCUUUGGUGGAAAGGUCCGCAUGCUGGAGGCAUUAGCAGGGGAGAAGGUGUCUCCAAACCCCUUCCCCUGUUGCUGCUGCUGCUGUCUUCCUCUCUUUGACAUCAACAAGACCAGUGUGGGCUGGAUGAUGGCUGCUGUUCUUCAGCUCUCUGUGGUCAGAACAAUCCUGUUCUUCCUCACUCUUGUCCUCUGGACAGAUGAACAGUAUGACUAUGGGGAUGUUAAUUCGGUUACUCUCAACAUGUAUGUCAAUGCCAUCAUUGCCGUAUCCACGUUUCUGUCCUUCUAUGGCUACUUGCUGUUUUAUAAAGCUACAAAAAGGGCAUUGCCUGGAUACAGUCUUCGAGCCAAGUUUAUUUGCAUCAUUGUUGUCCUGGUCCUUUGUGGACUACAGAGUGGAAUUCUGGAGACCAUGGGUGCGCUGAAUGUCAUCCCCUGCACUCCUCCCUUCUCUGAACUUUUUCGUUCUCAAUUAAUCUACCACUAUUCUGUAAUUGUGGAGAUGUUCUGCAUCAGCCUCUUUGCACAUCACAUAUUCCGGAAAGUUGAACCCUGUCAAGAUGAGGGUGAAGAAAUGGAGAUUGAUGUCAUAAGAGUUCUCAAUGAAAAGGCAAUUCAGACAGAAGAUGAGCUGCCAAUUGCUGUGCAGCUCUCCUCUCAAGAGGAUGAGCCAUGCCAUUCUAACCUUGGAUACAACAGCGACAGUGAAGACAGCCUCUGUAAAAUUGAACACGCACCACUGGACCGCUUCACUUUUCCCUUACAGCACAGACAACAAACUGCAGCAAACUUAGAGAAAGUAUAUAAUGCACCACCUGAGGACUCCAUGAGUGUGGAGCUGCCGACAAUUACUGUCAGUGCUGAAAUUAACCAUAUUGACAGUGGUGAUGUUACUGUUGUAUAGAAGAAAAAGAGAGAAAAAUGUAUAAAUGUAUAGUUUAUUCCACUUUAUAUGUCUAUGACUCCACUGGGCCCUGGGAAGUUAAACAAAGAACAAGUGCCAUUUGAAUUGUAAACUCACCAGCAUAGCAAGUUUUUUGUAAUCUUUAAUAUAGCACAUACAGUUUACUAUUAUUAGUACAUUUAAAUAAAAAAAUUAUUACUGAUUCCCAAUGAAUAAACAAGGCUAAAGACUUGUAGACCCCCAAAGAUUUUACAUUUGAACCUAUAGAAGCUAUAGAGUGCCGUAGGCGUGACGGCAAAACCAGGAAGACUGAUUUUUCUAUGGGUUUUUAUAAUGUGGUUAUUCAGUUUGUGGUAAACAUAACUUGACAAUGCUUGGACAUUUUGUUCUACAACGUAAACUGCACAUACAACCCAUGUUCUUAUCUAGUUACUUAAGUUUUAUAAUGUGAUAAUGUUCUUAUCUAUAUAUGUUUUUUUUAAUAAACAUGACAGCUUCAAAAUUUUCGUAUUCAAUAUGGAUGUGUUUAAUGUAAUGAAUUUUUUUCGUACUGAAUUUUUCAUGGAUGAAAAUGAGGCUGUUAGGGAUAGCUGAUCACGUAAUUUUCAAAACUAACAACUUUCAAUACUGUUUAAUGGAGUUUUUGCUACUGAAAGUUUAUUUUUGACAGAUGUAUCAUUAGUUGAACAAUAGGCAGGUACAGCCUAGUUUUCAUUCCAAAUAUGGUGCUACCCUGAAGUCUGUUUCCUGAUUUCAUUUCUAUACAAACAACUUAAACAAACGA